AUGAAGCACCUCGCAGCUUACCUCCUCCUCGGCCUCGGCGGCAACACCGACCCCUCUGCCUCCGACAUCAAGGGCGUCCUCGAGUCUGUUGGCAUUGAGGCUGAUGAUGACCGUCUGGAGAAGCUCCUCGAAGAGCUCAAGGGCAAGGACCUCAACGAUCUCAUCCAACAAGGCAGCCAGAAGCUCGCAUCCGUCCCGUCCGGCGGUGCUGGUGGUGCCCCGGCUGCUGGUGGCGCUGCCGCUGCUUCUGGCGGCGGUGCUGCCGCAGAGGAGGAGAAGCCUGCCGAGAAGGAAGAAGAGAAGGAGGAGUCGGACGAGGACAUGGGCUUCGGUCUCUUCGACUAA